UGAAUUAGAGUUAAAUAAGGCAGUGGGCAGCAUGAGUGUAAUGAAACCCUUGGCAGGGACACACCUCGCCCAGUGAUUCCCUAAGAGGCGAGGGGGGCAGUGCUCGUAAGACGGUGCCUCUUCUCAAGGCUGUCAACAUGCUGAGCUUCAUAGUUCCGACACACAAACCAGUAAGCUACACAGACUUUGCAAAUACCAGCCUUGAUGAUGAUGACUUUGAUGAUGACUUCAAGCCCUCAUCAAAAAGUAAAAGCGAGAAGCAAGCAGAGAAAGGGAACAGAGAAGAUAGGAAGGAUGACCGAGAGAGAAAGCACAGCAAGGAUAAACAUAAACACAAAAAACACAAAGACAAAGACAAGGAGAGACACAAGAAGGAUAAAGAUAGGCACAGAGAAACCCAUAAGAGGGAGGACAAUGAGAGGAAGGAUGACCACAGAUCCAGGCAUGAGAGGAAGAGGAAAGAGGAUGACAAGGAGAGAAGACACAGGUCAGAGAGGAGAGAUGGGGAGUUCAUAGUUAACUCGGGCAGGAGUACGGGAAGCAGUGACUCAAAGUGUGACUCCUCUGACUCCCAGAGACUCAAUGACUCAUCAGUAAGCGCCACCUCUGGCUCCCCAUUAGUGUCUCCAAGCCGCAGGAAUCCAAAGCCAAGAUUGAGCCUCGAAGAGAAGAUGUUUCAGGUUUCCCAAGGUACCCAUUUAUUGGUCAGCCUAAAAAGGAGGAUGGACAGCUGGGUGUGCUGCCCUGCUGACUACCCAGGCCAGGAUUUGGGCUCGCAGAUUUGUAGCGAGAAAGAAUUGGAAGCUGCACUAGAACUCUCUAAACUUGCUUCCACUCAAGGCAUGACCAGCACACCUGAAGUGAAGGAACUCACUGAGGAGGAGGAAGGAACAGGUUUAGAUGUUCAUGUAGCACCUAGCCCUCAGCCCCUUCAGAGGGACAGUGCUGAGGGUAGCUGCUCAGUGCCCCUGCAGGACUCUGAGAUUACUGGAAAGGCUUCCUCCUCUGUCCCUGAAGAAGUUGGUGCCCCUGAGUGUGUGGAAGAGAAAGACAGGCUUCCAGACCCACCUGCAGCAGCAGUAAUAGCACCACCACCACCACCACCACCUUCAACAGUACAAUGCACUGACUUGAUGGAGCCCCAGCCAUCAACCUCAACUGGCCUAGGAUUGAAGAGAACAAGAAAGACAGUGAAUUUUAAAGAAGACAGUGAUUCCUCGGAUGGCUUUGACGGCUUUGGCUACAACAACACUGACUCGGAGGCCUCUGAGGCAAGCGACUUCAUGCCAUCACCGAAGAAGAAAAAGCAGAAGUCAAAGGAGCCAAAGAAAACCACCAAGACCACCAGGCAGACAAAACCUAGCAUAGUCAAAUCAUCUGCUAAAACCCCAGAGAAGAACAAAUCGCCUUGUCAAGUGUCCUCUCCACCAAUCCGUUCCCGGUCCUCCAAGGAGAAUACUGCCCCUAGAAUCCCCAUCAAUGCCACAACACCUCCCCCAGCAAGAAAAAGCACAGCCAGGAACCCCACCAGCACCACAACACCUCCCCCAGCAAGAAAAAACACAGCCAGGAACCCCACCAGCACCACAACACCUCCCCCGGCAAGAAAAAACAUAGCCACGAACCCCACCAGCACCACAACACCUCCCCCGGCAAGAAAAAACACAGCCAGGAACCCCACCAGCACCACAACACCUCCCUCAGCAAGAAGCACCGUGGCCUCUCCUGUAGUCUCCCUAGCACCUCCGUCAAAAGUCCCAGCAGCAUCACAGAAACCACCACCAUUGGAAGCCACCUCCACUAUCAAGAAUACUACAAGUGUUACCAAACCAGUGAAGAGGCCUGUGACCAAAACCCCGACCCCUUCAUCUCCAUCAUCAGGAACAUCUAUACCCCUUGUUAAGACACCCUUCAGAAGUCCCUUAGCAGCUUCUCCAGGCAGUGGCCACCCUAUCAACUCCUCAGCAUCUUCUUUUGGGUCCAGGAGUCUUGGGCAGAGAGGCACAGGGUUGAGACUGGGAUUAUCACGUCGGGCCGUCACCAAGCCAUUGCAUCCUACUGUGGCGGCAAAGAUCACGGACUAAUGCUGUGCUGCACCAUGGAUCCCGAUAAAGCCUGUGUGUGUGUUGCAAGUAAAGAUAUGGAACAGGUAUCUAUCUAUAUCUAGUCUGUUGUUUUUUCAGCUCUUACUGGUCAUCUCUCAUCAAGUCCCAAUUCCUCUAGGACUUAAACAUUAUUAUUUAUUGGUUGUCCUUAAACUUUGGCGCAAUAUGAAGUAAAAGCAUCAUUUCCAACUUGUUCCACCGGACAGUAAGCAGAAUUCCAAAUUUUCUGUGUGGAGUUUAAUAUUAUAUUUAACUGUCAUUCUUUCCACUGAUGAGAUUGAGUAGACAGGCUCUAAGAAAGGAAUAACAGACUAAUGAAAAGUGUUAGGUGUAUGUAUAUAUUUUUAAGUGAAUACAAUUUGUUUCAUA